GGCGCCCUUUCUCCGCAGGAUCUCCAAAGUGUCUGUGGUCUGCCAUUUACAAAAGCCAGUCAGGUGUGCGUAAACAAAACGGGAUUUGCGCUGCCAAACGCGGAAGGGGACUAGCCAGUUCGUACGUAUUUUUUCCUGUGGGGAGAAAUGUCCGAGGGGAUGGGCCAGAAUCUCUGGGAAAAGCUACCUCCGUUUAGCUGCUCCCCGCGCUGGGAUUCGGGAGUUGUCCGGCUGAUGGCACACACAAGCUACUGACUACAACGUGAGAGAAAGACGAAAGGAGGGCUCGUCUUGUUCGGUCAAACCCGAGGGGACUGUUCUCUGAUGACUGUGGAUGGGAAUCAUCAUGCCGAGCUCCGACGGGGGGACAUGAAAAUGCCCCACAAUCAGUGAACUGCCCCCGGCUGACGACGUGUUGCAAUUAAGCAGACAACCGAGCCGCCAGUCUCCGGCGGUUUGAAAACGACCGUGUAAUUAAUUACUCUCUUUGAUGGCAUGUAUCAGGUCUGCCUGACACCCGGCAGAUAACCGAGGAACCUCCGGAUCUUUAAUACCUCUGGGUCCAUUCAUUCGCCUGUUGUAAUGACGUCUGUACGGUUUUUGUAAUUCUAUCGGCGAGACAUUUAUGAAUUCAUCCCCCCCAACCCUGAGCCCGUGUCGGCGAGAGCGGGGCUGAGGCGGGUCGGCAGUCGGAGGGAUAUGGGAGAGCGAGCGGAACCGAUGCAGUGGGUCUUGGCAAGGCAUCGUCAAAAUACAGGGCAGUGAUGCCUGGCAUGGUGAUGUUUCGGCGGCGCUGGUCAGUUGGCAGUGAUGACCUAGUGCUGCCCGCCCUCUUCCUUUUUUUAUUGCACUGCACCUGGUUAGUGGUUCUGUCUGUGGUUCUGUUCGGCCUCCCUUAUGGCUCAGACCAGUCCUGCUCUGUAACGCUGGUGGACCAUGGCCGAGGGUACCUGGGCAUCCUGGUCAGCUGCCUUAUCUGUGAGAGCGCCAUCAUGUGGUUGAGCAUGAGAGGCAGCAUUUUGUACACACAGCCCAGGGAAGCUGUGCAGUAUGUCCUCUAUAUACGGUUAGCUAUUCUGUUGGUCGAGCUCGUAUACGCCGUGGUGGGAAUUGCCUGGCUUGUCCAGUAUUACCAGCCAUGCUCAGAUGUCACUGCCAAAAACCUGGCUUUGGGAAUCGUUGCAUGCAACUGGCUCGUGAUAUUCAGCGUUUGCAUUACCCUCAUGUGCACCUUUGAUCCUACGGGUCGGACCUUUGUCAAACUGAAAGCCACUCGUCGGCGUCAGCGCAACCUCACAACAUACACACUCAGACACAGGCUAGAGGAAGGCCAGGCCAGCAGCUGGAGCAGGAGACUUAAGUUCUUCAUGUGCUGCACCAGAGCCCAGGAUACACAAUCAGAUGCAUAUUCAGAAGUGGCCAGCCUUUUUGCAGAGUUCUUCAGAGACCUGGACAUUGUGCCUAGUGAUAUUAUUGCUGGCCUGGUACUUCUCCGCCAGAGACAGAGGUCUAAGAGAUCUGCUAUCCUGGACCAGGCCAACAAUGACAUUUUAGCCUUCUUAUCUGGAAUGCCUGUAACUCGUAACACUAGAUACCUGGACCUUAAGAACUCGGCUGAGAUGAGCAUGUACAAGGAUGUUUGUUAUUAUAUGCUCUUUGCCCUGGCUGCAUAUGGUUGGCCCAUGUACCUGAUGAGGAAGCCUGCCUGUGGGCUGUGCCACCUCGCCAGCUCCUGCCCAUGUACAUCGGUGUCUGGCUCUCGGUUAUCUCAGUCGGUGACAGUGGAAGAGGAUAACUGUUGCGGCUGUAAUGUCCUGGCCAUACGUAGACACUUCCUGGAUCAGGACCUCAAGCAGGUUCACAUUGUCUACACUUCCUGGCACGAUGCUGUUUACGAGACUCCGUUUUUUGUGGCAGUGGAUCAUGCAAAAAAGAAGGUUGUCAUCAGUAUCAGAGGAACGCUAUCGCCAAAGGACGCCCUGACUGAUCUGACGGGGGAUUCUGAACGUUUGCCUGUGGAGGAGCAGCAUGGGACCUGGCUUGGCCACAAGGGGAUGGUUUUGUCAGCAGAAUACAUUAAGAAGAAACUGGAGCAGGAAAUGAUCUUGUCUCAAGCCUUUGGAAGAGACUUGAACAAGGGCACCAUGCACUAUGGGCUGGUGAUAGUCGGGCAUUCUCUUGGUGCAGGCACUGCUGCUAUCCUCUCCUUCCUGCUGAGACCUCAGUACCCUACACUUCACUGCUACUCUUACUCCCCACCUGGUGGCCUUCUAAGUGAGGAUGCCAUGGAGUACUCCAAAGAGUUUGUAACAUCUGUGGUAUUAGGAAAAGACCUGGUACCAAGGCUUGGCCUUUCUCAACUGGAGGGUUUGCGUCGCCACCUUCUGGAAGUCUUACAGAAAAGUAACAAGCCAAAGUGGAGGAUCAUUGCGGGAGGCACCAAAUGCAUCCCGAAAUCAGAGCUUCCACUGGAGGAUGAUGAUCCUCAGUCUCAGCCAGCAGCACCCCCCAGCAGUCGCCUGUGGCUCCACCCCAGUGACCUCAGCAUUGCCCUUUCAGCAUCCACCCCCCUCUACCCUCCUGGCAGAAUCAUCCAUGUGGUGCACAACCAUCCUCCAGAGACAUGCUGUGGCCAGGAGGAGCCAACCUACUCAGCUCUGUGGGGAGACAACAAAGCCUUCGAUGAGGUCAUCAUAUCAUCCGCCAUGCUUAAUGAGCACAUGCCCUACAUGGUGAUGGAGGGUCUCAACAAGGUGCUGGAGAACUACAACAAAGGGAAAACAGCUUUGCUGUCAGCAGCUAAGAUCAUGGUGAGCCCCACAGAAGUGGACUUGAACCCAGAGAACAUGUUCAUGGAUACAUCAACAACUUCUCAGCAGCCGACGCCUACAACCCACCACCGCAGGAACAGUAGUGUUCGUUCAUGUGCCCAGUCUGAAAUAUCUCUGGAUGGUUUCUCUGAGUGCCCUCCUCCCCCAGUGCCUGUAGUGCUCCGUGGAGCACGGGAGCGCCUGGCAGUGGAGCUGAGGGACCGCAAAGCACCACUGGCCGUCAUGGAGAGUCUCUCAGAUGCCGAAUCCCUCUAUAGCCUGGAUUCCCGACGCUCCUCGGCUGCACUAAGGGGUUCGCCGAUGCUGGGUAGCCUCCCGUUCCCUUUGGAUGCCCCGAUCCCGGAGGAGAACCCGUCUCUGAGCUCUCGCACUGAAUUACUGGCCGCUGACUGCCUCUGCCAGGCAACACCGGAGCACCUGGGCGAGGUCGGGCCCUUCUUUACCCCGCUGGAAUCCAGAUCCACUCCAGAUUACCCCAUGCGGCUGUCUCCUGCCACACCUCGCUACAGUGGACACCAUUCCCCAGCUCUUCUGAACCAGAGCGUCUUGGCUCAGCCUUUCAAGCCAGAGCUAAACACCAACCAAAAAAUGCUUCCUGAUGGGGAUCACCAACAGAUUCCUGGUGUCUACAGCCCAGGGAGCACUCCCAACGCACCCCUCAGCCCUCAAAUUGAUUCUAGACCAGUGGAUAGAGAAAAGGAAGACUGGGAGCUGGAGGCAGCAGAGAAACAGCUAAGUGCAGAGACCAGGCCAGCAGCUUCGACUCCUCCACCCCAACUAUCCAACGGAAACCCCAGCCAGGCGGUGCUGGAGUUCGCCCAGUACUUAGACUCUCUAUUCAGACUGGACGGCAGCAGCUCGCCGCCUCUGGAGCUGUCAGACGGGGAGUCCGAGUCGGGCCGGGGCUCCUUCGGGCAAGGCGAGUGUCUUGGAGAUGACCAGCGGUUGGAUGACAAACAACUUCUGGCCAGAGCAACACUGGAGCCUAACCUAGUCCCCAAGCCCCCACGCACUUUUGCCGGGUCUGCCGAUCCCUCUUCGGGCAUCUCUUUGUCACCCUCCUUCCCUCUCUCGUCGUCUGAGGAGCUCAACGACCUCUCCCCCGGUGAGGGUGCCCCGCCAGCCAUACACUCCCUACGAACAUCUUCCCCUUGCCACUGCCCUGAAGAGAACACACUAUCAUCUAUGGUGUAGUGUGCUCCCAAGACUCUGAUGUCCUUUGCCCUGAAUUGAGAGGUGCAGUCAUCCAAAAUUUUAAAACAUAUCACAGUACAUGCAUGCAGUGGAAUGCAGUCACUCAUCAGAGAUCCAAUGACAGAACCUGACUGAUCAACUCACAAACUGUUUCCAUUCUUCAGGUGUCCCCUUUGAACGCUGUUUAUAGCAUUUUCACACUAUUGCAAUGACUAAGAAAAAAAGAUACCUCUCUCUGCAUGCCAGGGGGCUGUGCUGCUUCUGGGUGAAUAUAAAUAACUGUAGCUUCACAAUGCCAUUCCAAAACAAUGUUGUCUCACCCACGUAGGGACGCGUCAGCAUUACAUCAGUUCUCUGACUUAAACAAAAUCAAAGGGAGAAUAGUUUACUGAGCAGGGAUUCAAAAAAAACAAAAAAAACAAACACAAACUUAACACUGUAGAAGAGGUUAGCAUAGGCACAUCAUCUGGGUUGAUGUACUGUACAACUUCCUGCACCCACAGCAGCUCCGGAAAAGUUUGCCCAGCUUUUAUUUUAUUUUAUUUUAUUUUUUUCAAAUCAGGAAUGUGAAGAUGGACAUAUUCGUCAAUCAAUAGAAGUGAGAAGACAUUACGAAAUGUUCCUCAGGUCUAUAAAGAAUUGACUUUGAGAAAGAGAGUAAGUGUGUUACAUUGGUGAGAAUUCAUGUGUCUUAAAAAUUUAGUGAUUGUGACAAAGUUAUUACAGACGCCUAUGGAUGUUUUUGAGUCUUUUGGUUACUCUUUAUAGUGCAUGAAGACUUUUUUUUUCCUUUAUUUUUGAAGAGAAAUUGUCACUAAGCCACUUAGACUGACAUCUGAAUACUCUUGCACACAUAUUGCUCAAUUUACCCUCCCCUCCCCCUUUGCCAAAAAAUUUAAUACAUUGUAUUGCCAAAUGUAUUUAUGAGAUGUAAUUUUUGUAUAUGUAUAUGGAUAUUGCUUUAUUUAAACACAAGCUAAUUUCAUUAUCUCCUUCCCUGCCAUACUGUUGGUUCCCAUGUAGACUGUUACACAGCAACACCACGGAAAAGAUGUCAUCCUGACCUUAAAACACUGCCAUGGACUUUCAUUUUUGAAAACACAACCUCUGUACCUUGGGUUUGAACCAAUAAUGAACUUGCUAAUAGUCCUAGUCUCAUAGCUACUGUAUCUUUCUCUCUGGAGAGCUCUUAGCAACGUGCCCAAGUCAGGGGUCUGCAUGCUUUAUGCAUUUCAAAGUAGCAUGGCUGGUAAUAUAACAAGUUUUGUCCUUAAGUCACAGUAAAUAAGCUCUAAACAUGUCCAGAAAAUUUUCAUACAUGUAAAGCUCAAACCUUUGAGAGGCUUAUUAAACGCCCAGGUCGCCAGACAGGACCAAACUGUGUAUCCUAAAAGUGUCCCAGAAUAUCAUUUCUCUUGUUCUCAAGGUGCUCUCAAGGUGUUUGCUUCCCUUUAAUCCGGUUCAUCUCAAACAUCCUUGAGGUCGGACUGAACGAAUAAAUGGGCUCGAGCAUUGCGUAUGCCAGUUCUAAAUACUGUAUGUGGUAUACAAUCUUCCAUAUCACUCUGGGUGUAACAGGUGGCUCACAAUUUGCAUUAUUUAUUAUUAUUAAUGUUGUUAUCACUUUUCUUGCUAUAUUUGAUGGUAUUAUUAUCCUUAUUGCGCUUGCACCAGAUUGGUUUGAUGUCAGUGGUUUUUAUCACAGUUUUUUUGGGACAGUGUGGGAAACUUUUUAGACUCUCCCAAAUGUAAGGAGUUAUAUAUUUCAGCUUUUUUUCUGUCCGAGUGGAAAAGUAUGUGACAUUUCUGCCAUGGCAUGGUGACAAUACUCUCUUUUUACAAAUCUUUCAUAGUGGUGAGACAUGCUGCAGAGUGACAGCCUGCUCACAGUGACCUUUUGGUGCAGCGCCACCGUCGAGCCUGGAGUCGUCAUAGUGAUCUGCACAGUCUCGAUUUGGAAUAAGAUUUGCUGUGGUUACUCACAGCAGACAUUUCCAGCCAGUUUACAGUCUGACACUAUUCAGAUUAUGCUGCCAGUCCCAGUAGUCUCUCACAAGAUACACCAAGGUUGGGCCAGCAAUUUCCUACAUUCAGUAGCUUUGCUUGCAGCCAGUCAUACACAAAACACUGCUGAAAGAAAGCACUCCGAUACUUUCCACCAUGAUGUGUACAGCACCAUCUUCUAUAUGUAAUUAUUUAUGCAGAUGUGUAAAAAGAAAAAAAAGAAUUCCAAUAGAGUCAUGUAGAAAACAACUAUAUAACAAUAAGGAGAUAAUAACUAUAUUAAAAGAUAUCAGUAUUGACAUAUAGAAAAAAAUAUUUCAUCUGAAAGUUAUUUAUUCAAACUAUUGGCAGAUUUACAAAUUGGUCUAUAUUGAAAGAGAAAUAAUUCAACUAUGUCUUGUCCAUGUUUACCUGGUUUGCUUCCCCUCCUUUCCUGCCCCACAAUGAGAAUGUAUUUAAUCCCUCCCCCUCACUGCCCUGCCUGUAAUGGAAUAAAAUACAAACUAUGAAAAUAACAA